GAAGGGAGCGUCGGCGGCGUGUGACGUAGCACCGUCAAGCGAGAAGCUGCCUCGGUGGUUGUUUUGCCCUCCGCCGUAGCCGCGCAACGGUUCCCGGGCCUGGGCGAGAUGGAGAGCGCCAGCCAGGACAUCAACCUUAACUCUCCCAACAAAGGUCUCCUGUCCGACUCCAUGACCGACGUGCCCGUGGACAAUCCCAGUGCCGCCGCCAUGGCUGCUCCAUCAAGGACCUUGCCCUACAACGGUCUCACCGAAGCCGAGGAAGAAGAACUCCGGGCAGAGCUGGCCAAGGUGGAAGAUGAGAUUGGCACCUUGCGCCAGGUGUUGGCGGCCAAGGAGAGGCACUGCGGAGAGCUGAAAAGGAAGCUGGGCUUGACUCCCUUGGAUGACCUGAAGCAAAACCUCUCCAAGAGUUGGCACGAUGUCCAAGUCUCUAACGCCUAUAUGAAAACCUCUGAGAAACUCGGAGAGUGGAAUGAAAAGGUCACGCAGUCGGAUUUAUAUGUUUCGGCCAGCAAUACUCUGGAGGACUGGAAUGACAAAUUAACACAGUCAGAAGCGUGAGUCUUGUAACCUUCU